AUAUAGUGACUGUUUGUCUAUGGCAACUUACAGCAGCCCCUCUGGCAUUUGCCAAAACCCACAGAUUGCCAGUCCUGGUCUGCCUGCCUCUAUGAGACUCAUUCUAAUGACUGUCCCCAAAAAUACAGGCACAGGUGAAGGGUGACAGACUACAGAAACAAACUAGGGAGGGCAAAGGAAGUGAGAGAGGACAUGUGGGUGAGCUGCUUGUGGCGGGUCAGUGUGUGGCAGGGAAAGGCUGCUGUGGGGGAGUGCAGUAAGGGGACACACUAUAGGGGCAAGGAGAAGCCCUGGGGGAUGUGGGCAGGCAGCGGAAGGAAGCGUUGGCACUAAUGAUGGGAAACAAGUGAAAGUCACAAGAGGCUUGACAAGAGGCAUAAUAGGAGCAAGGGGGAGGAGGAAGCUUAGGAAGAAGAAAGGGCACCUGAGCAAGGCAAGCAGCACGAAAGCAAGUGUGAGGAGAGGGGGGCAGGAGGGAAAUCUCUGUGUUCGUCACAACGUGUGAGUGAGUGCUACAGGGAUGCCCAGCUCCCCACAUCACCCCAUUGCCGGUGAUGCACUAGAUGGAGUGGCGUGUCAGUCAGGGCUGCAGCCUGUAGGUGGACUCUAGAUACAGUGGCUGCUUCUACUGGAAGAGCGUGACACGAGCUGCCAUCUAGCCAAGCUGCGGUGGGCACUCAAUCAGACCUGUAAGCACGUCCCUUGUCGUGUGCCACCAACAUACACACACGAGGGAGCUGCAGUCGCUGACUGACACAAGCACCCAGCCCGGGGAGGCUCUCACCAGCACCAGCCAAAUGUGGGGGAGGGAGCUGUGGGAAGGAGGAAGACAGACUGUCAGCUCAGUGUACCAGGCAACAAAAGGCUGGCACCGCUCUGUCUGCCCAUCUCCUGCAGAGCUUUGUUUCAAGUCACAGCUUUGCCACCCUCCAGCCACAAGUACCAGGGAUCCUGUGCGCAAGGAGGGGCGAGACACAGAAUAAGGGCUGAUAUAUCGUGGGAACACGACAAGAGAUGAACAUGACAACUGAUCUGGCUAUGCUAGCAACGACAUAUUAUGAACAGAUAGCGACACUGGUAAACUAAAAUUCCGUGGGAGAUAAGAACAGCAACAUGGAAGUAUAAGUGGCAACAACAUCUCGGAAUACGCGUAAAUAGCAAAGAGAUAACAACAUUCUCACGUUGUGUUGCGGAUGAUUUGUACUUUCUUGGGCAUGACCAGAAACCAUUCCAGAUUUAAGAGCGUGUACUGGAUGUUCUUGUGUGUUCAUUGUCUUCUUCAAAGAUGGAUUCAAGAUAUUAGGCAAGAGACCCUUGAAUAAAGCUUUAAGGCCUAUGGUUACCACCUUGUUGAAACCAGGCAAAGAAGGAGGAAGCCAAGGAGGAAGCCAGCCAAAUACAGAGAAAUAUUUAAUGGGGGGACAGAAAACAAGGAGAGAGAAAGUAAGAAUAUUGAAAGCAAGGAUAUAGAAAUGAAGAUCUGGGGAUGAUAUGCCAUUCUUGGACAAAGAAUACCUGACGCUGGUGCCCCCUUCAGUGAAUCUGAAUUGUUUGUUUGGGGGUACCUGCCCCUCUGUAUGGCAGAAUAAAAUGGUUAUGUCUCAGGGCACAUAUACCUUUUUAAGCUGCUUUGCAGGUUUUUGGCUAAUUUGGGGACUUAUAGUGCUGCUGUGCUGCCUGUGCAGUUUUCUGAGACGACGCAUGAAGAGACAUCGUGAGGAGAGACUGCGGGAGCAGAGCUUGCGUUCUGUGCAGAUAGAACCCCUACAGUAUGAAGAGUAUGUAAGCAGCCCACGCAUUCCCGUGUCACAUCGAAUCCGUGCACAGGCUCCACCACCACAGCCACCUGCUGCACAAGCUCGACCUUGGUCUGCUGCCCGCAGGAAUGAUCCUGAUCUGUCUCAACCACCAUGUUACGAAGAGGCAUUGCUGAUGGCUGAGCCACCACCACCCUACAGCGAAGUGCUCACCGAUACGCGAGGGAUCUACCGGAAGAUCUUAAACCCAUUUUUGUCUGUCCAGGACGAGUUGGUGAAACCAGAGCCGCCUCUCAGCCAUAAACAACAUUUAACAGGACAGUCGCACACUCAGCCACUUCCCGGAGCUCUGAGCUCACAGAUUUUGCCCAAUCCUCCACAAGAAGCCCAGAGGGCUAGGCCUCCAUCCUGGGCUGGCUCUGACAUCAGCAGCAGUGGCUUGCACAGACUCCCUGGUAGCUGCCAGCUCAUCUUUCCUAUCCCCCUGCUGGGAAGGACUACGGCAGUUUGAAUAACAUAUAUCUCUCACCUGCUGCUCUUCCAAGAUCAGCUUAAGGGAGCAUAUACAUUUUGAAUAUGAAGACCUAAUAUUAAAAUGAAAUGAAGUGUACAUCACUUGUUCUAUUAUUGUAACUGCAAAAAAAACAGAACAUUUGAGGAGCCAUUGAAUAUGACUGGACUACAAGACCUGUGACUUUAAACUUUGUACAGUUCUCCAAAAUACACAUAUGUGCUGGGCUGCGCUCCGCCUGGUAUAGAAUAUGUGAGAGAGUGAGAUACCACAUCCGUGCUCAGACUUGAAGCCAUGUUUAUUUAUUUUUGAGUUUCCGUUUUAUUUCUCAUACUUUUUUUUUGUGGUAUUAAAGUUAAAUGUGCCAACUAUGUUGUAUGUGUAUGUGAGCUUCCAUGUGCAGCGGUAACUAGAAUUAGAGCAGUACUUAUGAAAAAUCUAGGUCAAGAUGUGGGGACCUUUUUUUGUUUUUGGAUACGUCUGGUAAUGCUAAUAAAGGAAAAUAAUUCAUAUUACGAUUUUCACUACUAAAUGGGCUAAUAAAAUUAGCAAGACCCGAGUGCAUCUACACCAAAUGGCAGUUGUUCUGACAUGCAUGUGUGUGUGUGUGAAUACCGUGUCUACUUCAUGUCACAGGGAUCUUUAAUACAUCCAACUUGAAAGGGCUUUUGAUUUACGAAACUGUAAUCUCAUGUAGUGUAUCAUAUCAGUGCUCUGUUGUUUGCUAGUCAAAGGUACUAGCCUCACACUGAAUAUUUUUAUAAUUAAUUGGUUGGGCUAUGCCAUGAGUUGAUGAUGGCAUUGAAUACCAUUCAGUUAAAGGGUAAACCAUCUGCAUAAAUGAAAUAAAGGUAAUAAUAUAUCUGUGAACAUUGAUAUGUGGUUUAGUCACAGUGACGAUGGAGAUAAGCUCCAUUUCUAAAAUUAAAACCUUCACCUUAAAA